AUGAUUCAUGGAGACUUGGACUCGUUACGCGAUGGUGUGCGUGACUACUACGAAGCACGAGGUGUUCCUGUGCUACGCGAUGGUGACCAAUACAGCACAGACUUUGGGAAAUGCAUGAAGAAAAUCUCGUCGCGUCUUACUUCCUCAACGGUUCGGGAUGUGAUAGUCCUUGGUACCCUCGGUGGGAGGGUUGAUCAGGGCCUUGGACUCCUGAACGAGAUAUACAGAGAAGAGAAUCGACAUGCCGACCUUCGCCUAUGGCUGUUCUCCGAGUGCAGCCUGAGCUUCAUACUUCGGAGUAGGGAGACUCUGCUGAGAGGGCUACAGGAAGAUGGUGUCUUUACCGAGAACGUAGGGUUUCUUCCUAUAUACGGACCGGCGAUCAUCUCUACCGAAGGUCUGGAGUGGGAUGUCAAGGAGUGGCCUACGCAGAUGAACGGCGGUCAGCUCAGUACGAGCAAUCACGUCAAAGCCAACGAUGUGAGGGUUGGAACGGACGUGCCGAUAUUGUUCACGAUAGAAAGAGCGCCUUUGUGA